AAAAGCCAUGGUUCCAUCGUAGUUGGCCAGCAAAACAAGAGCUGUUACUGCUAGAAAAUACGUUUUAUAUCCUCCUGCUGUUUCCAGUCUAAUUACCUCUCUUUCUUCUCUUGCUUUUGUUUUCCUUCUUCUCUUUUGAGCACCAUUCCCCUCAGAGUCUCAUUCAACUGACUCAUCUCGACAUCUCGUCCACCUUUCCUCCCUUGUACAAAUAUUGUUACAUACAUAAACACUACUGCUUCCAACCUCCAUCAAAAUGGGCUGCUGCCAAUCCACUGAAGAUAUCGAAGGGCGACAGCGUAACGAUGAGAUCGACAACCAGUUAAAGAAAGAUCGAAUCAAUAUGAAGAGCGAAAUCAAAAUGCUCUUACUUGGCGCUGGUGAAUCUGGAAAAUCGACUAUACUUAAGCAAAUGAAAUUGAUACAUGAUGGCGGAUAUACAUCGGAAGAACGCGAAUCAUUCAAAGAAGUUAUAUUCAGCAAUACCAUUCAAUCAAUGAGAGUCACUCUAGAAGCCAUGGAGAUGAUGGGCUUACAAUUCCAGCGAUCAGAAAACUAUAACUACAAACUAGCCGUUAUGGACGCGCCAUCACAGAUCGAUGGAUCUCGUCUUGAACCACACCUUGCCGAUGCUGUCUAUUCAUUAUGGGCUGACCCUGCUACCAAACAGUGUGUUGCGCGAGCUAACGAAUUCCAAUUGAACGAUUCAGCUAGAUACUACUUUGACUCAAUAGAGAGAAUUGGACAACAUAACUACUUACCCACCGACCAAGAUGUAUUACGCUCUCGUGUCAAGACGACAGGUAUCACCGAAACCACCUUCGUUAUCAGCAAUUUGACUUAUCGGAUGUUUGAUGUUGGCGGUCAACGAAGUGAGCGCAAAAAGUGGAUCCACUGCUUUGAAAAUGUGACGGCUAUCAUCUUCUUGAUCGCCAUAUCUGAAUAUGACCAAGUCUUGAUUGAGGAUGAAACAGUGAAUCGUAUGCAGGAGGCUUUGACCCUCUUUGAUUCAAUCUGCAAUUCGCGCUGGUUCGUAAAGACGUCUAUCAUCCUCUUCUUGAACAAAAUAGAUCUCUUCAAAGAAAAGUUACCCAAUAGUCCAUUGGAACGAUACUUUCCCGAGUUCCGAGGACCAAGCACGUACGAAGCAGCGUCGGAAUACAUCUUGAAGCGAUUUGUAUCGCUUAAUCAAUCCAGCACUAAGCAAGUGUAUACCCACUUUACAUGUGCAACCGACACUCAGCAAAUCAAGUUCGUUAUGGCGGCUGUCAACGAUAUCAUUGUUCAUAACAAUUUGCGCGAUGUUGGACUUUUAUAAACGAUGCUCAAUUACCCUCCAAAAUACUUAUCUCCUCUCUCUCUCUUUUUUCUUUCUACCAAAUUUUGUUAAAAUAAAGCCAUUGUAAUUUUGUUUAAAAGAAAAAAAUACC